GGCUCCGCGGCAGCCUGGGGGAGCAACCCUUCCCGGGGCUGGCAGCGGCGGGCUAGGCGCAGGGAGGGGGGAGGCUGCCCCCUCCGCCCCUCCCUGCCUGCCUGCCUGCCCGCGCAGAGCGGAGGAGGGCGGCUGCCGCCCGCGGAUGCUGGGGCGCGGGCGGCGCGGGCAGGGCGGGCGGCGCGGGCAGGGGAGCUGUCCUUCAGCACCGCGGGCCGCGGAGCGCUCCUCCCGCACCGCCGCCCGGGGAGCUGUCCUGCAGCACCCGGGGGCCCGGGAGCGCUCCUCCCGCACCGCCGCCCGGAGAGCUGUCCUGCAGCACCGGGAGCCCCGGAGCGCUCCUCCCGCGCCUCCGGCCGCGGAGCUGUCCUUCAGCACCGGCGGCCACCGCCGCCUCUGGGGAGCCGUCCAGCGCCGCGCCGCCGCCGCCGCCGCCGCCUUGAUGCAGUAGCGGGGCCCGGGAGUCGCCGGGGGCCGUCGCGGGGCAGGGGGUGCCGUAGCCGGGCUCCGCGCCCCCAGCCCGGGAGGGGCGCCGCGCCUGUCCCCCUCCUCCUCCCCCCCCCUUCCCCCCAGGAGCCCCCAUCUCUCCUCGCCCACCUCCGCCGGGAGUGAGCGCCGCGGCUGUGCGGAAAAGCCAUGGGAGGCAAGACCUCGGCACCUGUUCAGCUGAAAUCAAGGGCUUACAGUAUACUGGGCAGUCUGGCUUGGUGGUAGGAGCGAGCGAAAGGAAGGAGAAGCAAGCAAGAAAAAGUGAGAGAGGAUUGGAGCGACUGCCGCUGCCGGGAAAAAAAAAAUAAAAACCCAAGGAAGAUAACUGGGAAGGAAAAGGAUUUUCAUGGCGCAGGCUGCAGAGCUAAGCAAGAAGACUGAAGGUUGCAUCUCUGCUCUUACAGUCUCUAACUGUCUAGGUCCAGAUAAUGAGAGAUUGUGUUGAGGAUGCUGCUGCUGCUCCCCUGUUCACUGUGGAAGCCAUCUCCAAAUUAGCCAUUACAUAUGGAAACUGGAGACCAGAAUUUUAGAAAAAGGGAUUAAGGCGUCUCGUUUUGGGGGGGGUUCUCUCUUUAUUUGUUUGUUUUUUCUUGGUUCUUUUCUCUCUUUUAUUUUUCUUUUUCCUUUUUCCUUUUUUUAUAUUUCAACCAGAACGUUUCCGAUUUAAAAGGCAAGCCUCUUCCCGUGUGGUCUUUCUAAUUUACACUCUUUUCCGUGGGCUUUCUUACCUCCCUUUUUUGAUAUCUAUCUCUCUAUAUAUACCCAUUAUAUUAUUAGGCGGAAUUAUUAUUCUUUUAUUUUAUUAAACACACACACCCCAAGAAUCAGAAGGCGGUUGGGUAUUUGUAUAAUGAAGAAUUAUGGGGCUCUUUGACAGAGGUGUUCAGAUGCUUUUAACCACCGUUGGUGCUUUCGCUGCCUUCAGCCUGAUGACCAUAGCUGUGGGGACCGACUACUGGCUUUACUCCAGAGGGGUUUGCAAGACUAAAACUGUCAGUGAGAACGAAACCAGCAAAAAGAACGAGGAAGUCAUGACCCAUUCUGGAUUAUGGAGAACCUGCUGCCUGGAAGGGAAUUUUAAAGGUCUGUGUAAGCAAAUCGAUCACUUCCCUGAGGAUGCAGAUUAUGAAGCCGAUACAGCAGAAUAUUUCCUCCGGGCUGUUAGAGCCUCUAGUAUUUUCCCGAUCCUGAGUGUGAUUCUGCUUUUCAUGGGUGGACUCUGCAUUGCAGCCAGCGAGUUCUACAAAACCCGACACAACAUCAUCCUUAGUGCCGGCAUCUUCUUCGUGUCUGCAGGUCUGAGUAAUAUAAUUGGCAUCAUCGUAUACAUAUCAGCCAACGCUGGAGACCCCUCCAAGAGUGACUCCAAGAAGAACAGCUACUCCUACGGCUGGUCCUUCUACUUCGGGGCCCUGUCCUUCAUUAUAGCUGAGAUGGUGGGAGUGCUGGCCGUCCACAUGUUCAUAGACCGGCACAAACAGCUGCGUGCCAACGCUCGUGCCACGGACUACCUCCAGUCCUCCGCCAUCACCCGCAUCCCCAGCUAUCGGUACCGCUAUCAGAGACGCAGCCGCUCCAGCUCCCGCUCCACCGAGCCUUCACACUCCAGGGAUGCCUCUCCUGUCGGGAUCAAAGGGUUCAACACCCUCCCAUCAACAGAGAUCUCGAUGUACACCCUGACCAGGGACCCGCUGAAGGCAACCACCACCCCCACCGCCACCUACAACUCCGACAGGGAUAACAGUUUCCUCCAGGUUCACAACUGUAUCCAGAAAGAGAACAAGGACUCUAUCCACACCAACACAGCCAACCGCCGGACCACCCCGGUAUGAAGCCGUCGCCAGGAGCUGAAAAUGGGGCAGGAGCGGGCAGGAGG